AUGGCUGACCCAGACGUUUUUGUCGAUCCGGACACAGGGGAAGAAUAUCGUGUUGGAGGCUGCUUAAUUAGUGGCGAACCAUCCGAUCUACCGAAAUUUGGUACCUUUAGACUUGUUAGUGAUGCACAAUUACCAUAUUCGGUUGAUCUACGACAAUUCAUGACACCAAUUGAAUACCAAGGCAGUACCAACUCCUGUUGGCUUUUUAAUUUAAAUUAUCCAAAUAGAAAACAAUCUAAAGUCUCAACUAUUCAUUUUUCAAAUUUUUAA